AUGUCUUCCGCCGCCGCACUGCAGCCCCUUCUUGCGGAAGCCUCUGCGACGCUUGAAAAGACAUAUGGUGCAUACUUGAUCGGCACCUGUCUUAGCCUCGUGCUGUAUGGCAUCAGCCUCCUCCAGUUUUAUCGUUAUGUGCGCCUUUAUCCUACGGAUACGGCAUUCAUCCGCACUCUGGUAGUUGCUGUGAUGAUUUUGGAGACCGUUCAGAUUCCGAUGCUCAUGCAUUCUUGCUAUUGGGCUCUCGUCACGCACUACUUCGACCCGACAGCCCUCACACAAGGCAUCUGGUCCGUUCAGAUUGCGCCUACGGUCUCGGCUGCGAUAACUCUGACAGCUCAGACGUUCUUUGCCCGGAGAGUCGCCCUGCUCGGUCCCGGGUUCAAGAUCGUGGUCGGAAUCGCUACAUUGUGUUUGGCCGCUUUCUUGGGUAUGGCAAUUGCCGUGACCGUAGUCGCGAUACAGUUGCAUAACUUGGAGAACUUCGGGCCUAACACGGAGUGGUUGUUCGGCGCUGGUCUCUGGUUUGCUACGGGUGCAGAUCUACUGCUAGCGGGUUCCAUCAUUGUCGCACUCCGAUACAGCCGCGACACGUACGGUCCGCGAGGAGUGGAUGGUCGUGCGGACCGGUUCAUGCUCUACUUCGUGAACACCGGUCUGAUGACGGGGAUAUUCAACAUGAUUCCAUCUAUUCUGGCCACCACUGAUCCGAGGUCGUUCACUUGGGCUGCGGUGUCAUACAUCGCAACUCGGCUAUAUGCAAACACGCUUCUGGCUGUGCUCAACUCCCGCAAGCUGAUGGCCAGCCGUGGCGUGGAAAUCUUUGGCCCUGCCUCGUUCGAACGCAACAUCAUCUCCCGUGCGACCCACCUCGCCACUGUCGAGCAGUGGGGUGCCCCUCAGCUUCCUGACUCCGGUCCGGCAAGGAUCAACAUCAAGGUCACGGCAGAGAUGGAGGCCGACACGGUCAGCACCGUACAUCAGCGCGCUUUCGACAAGCGCAGCUACGACGCCGCAUGAACAGAGUGAGACGCCACCGCCGC